ACCGGCGGGUCCCGAGCCGAGGCGGAGGAGGACCGGCGGGUCCCGAGCCGAGGCGGAGGAGGACCGGCGGGUCCCGAGCCGAGGCGGAGGAGGACCGGCGGGUCCCGAGCCGAGGCGGAGGAGGACCGGCGGGUCCUGAGCCAAAGCAGAGGAGGAGGAGGACCGGCGGGUCCUCGGCUCAGCCCCCGACGGCGAGGGGCGCGGAGGAGGGCGUGCGGCCUGUCGGGCAGGUGCCCGAGCGCCUUGUCGUCUGCACCAUCCCGGGCAGAGUUCUGUGCUUCCGACCUCGCCGAGGAGGAGGAGGAGGAGGAGGCCAGCGGGCGGAGGCGGCGGCCGGAGCCGAGGAGCAGCCGGGCCCGGGUCAGAGCCCGGUGUCGGAGUGGUUCCAAGGGAGCGGGCUGCUGCGGCUUCGCGGCGGGUCCUUGGCAGAGUAAAGGGUAGUCCGGACCUGUGACUGGCACCAUGUCGAGCACCGAAGUUCUGGAAUACAAUGACAUCUACCAGGAGCUGAAAGGAAUCAUGAUCGAUGGCCGAUUGCGCCUCAGUCGACAGAGCAUCGUCUUCAAGAACAACAAGACCGGGAAGGUGGACAGCGUGCAAGCAGCAGACGUGAGUGAGGGAGUCUGGCGCCGUGUGGCUAGGGGCUACGGGAUCAAGCUGCAGCUGAGGAAUGGCAACCUCUGCAAGUUCGAUGGAUUCCGUGAGGGGGAUUUUGAUAAAAUGGCGGAUUACUUCAAAUCCCAUUACCAGGUAGAACUCCAUGAGAAAGAGAUGUGCGUGAAGGGCUGGAACUGGGGGACAGCGCGAUUCAAUGGCCAGUUACUGUCGUUCGAUAUUGGAGAGCAGUCAGCCUUUGAAAUCCCGCUCACCAACGUCUCGCAAUGCACGACCGGCAAGAACGAGGUGACGCUGGAGUUCCACCAGAACGACGAUGCUGAGGUCUCCCUGAUGGAGGUCCGAUUCUACGUCCCACCCUCGCAGGAGGACGGGAUGGAUCCGGUUGAGGCUUUCUCCCAGAAUGUGCUCUCGAAGGCUGACAUCAUUCAGGCCACGGGAGAUGCAUUGUGCAUCUUCCGGGAGUUGCAAUGUCUCACUCCAAGAGGCCGUUACGAUAUCCGCAUUUACCCUGCUUUCCUGCAUCUUCACGGCAAAACGUUUGACUACAAGAUCCCCUACACCACCGUUCUCCGCCUGUUCCUCCUACCUCACAAGGACCAGAGGCAAAUGUUCUUUGUGAUCAGCCUGGAUCCUCCAAUCAAACAGGGGCAAACUCGAUACCACUUCCUAAUCCUCCUCUUCUCCAAGGAUGACGAUCUCUCACUGACACUGAACAUGAGCGAGGAGGAAGUGGCGAAGAAGUUCGACGGGAAGCUGAGCAAGCAGAUGUCGGGCCCUCUGUACGAGGUGGUGAGCCGCAUCAUGAAGUCGUUGGUCAGUCGCAAGAUCACCGUGCCCGGGAACUUUGUGGGUAACUCGGGGGCUCACUGCAUCUCCUGUUCCUACAAGGCCAGCUCGGGCCUCCUCUACCCCCUUGAGAGGGGCUUCAUCUAUGUCCACAAGCCCCCCGUGCACAUCCGCUUCGAUGAGAUCUCGCACGUCAACUUCGCCAGAGGGACCACCACCACCCGGUCCUUCGACUUCGAGAUCGAGACCAAGCAGGGCAGCCAGUACACCUUCAGCAGCAUCGAGAGGGAAGAAUACGGGAAGCUCUUCGAUUUCGUCAAUGCCAAAAAACUCAACAUCAAGAACCGAGGCAUGAAGGAGAGCAUCAAGCAGAAUUAUGACGAUUACGCCGACUCGGACGAGGAUCAGCACGACGCUUACCUAGAGCAGGUGAAGGCCGAAGGCAGGAUUCGCGAGGAAGCCGCCAAUGACAGCGAGUCUGGCGAGGAGACAGAUGAGUCAUUCAAUCCUGGAGACGAGGAGGAUGAAGUGGACGAGGAGUACGACAGUAAUGCCGGUGGCAGCUCGUCCAGCAGCAAUGAAGAUGAGAGUGACAGUGAGAAGCAUCGGAAGGUGCCGGCAAAGCGAGCCAAGGUCGUCAAGGAGAAACCCAAAAAGAAAAAGCCCGAGAGUAAGAAAUCGAAGGAAAAGGACCCCCACGCCCCCAAGCGUCCCAUGUCCACCUACAUGUUGUGGUUGAACGCGAACCGGGAGAAGAUCAAAGCCGACAAUCCGGGCAUCAGCGUGACGGAGCUAUCGAAGAAAGCCGGCGAGCUCUGGAAAGCAAUGGGCAAGGAUAAGAAAGAGGAGUGGGACACAAAAGCUGCCUCGGCGAAGAAGGAGUACGAGAAGAAGAUGGAGGAGUACAGGAAGAGUGGGAAGGCCGAUUCGUUCAAGAAAAAGGAGACUCCGAAGAAGUCGAAGGGUAAGGGUGAGAAGCAGUCGCUACCCCGCUCGGUCUCCAAGAGCCCUGUGAAAGGAAUCGGCGACAGCUUCAAGAGCAAAGAGUUUGUGUCCAGUGACGAGAGCUCGUCCGACAGUGAGGGUUCUGAGAAAGCACCCAGCACUCCAGCCACCUCUGAAGAAUCUGGUUCCGACUAGGGGAGCGGGUGCCGAUCUGGGCGAAGCUUCCUUGGUCGAAUUGCCGGCAGACUGCCUCUUUUUUUUGUUGUUGUUGUUGUUGUUCCUUCCCAAUUAUCUUCGUCUCUCUCUGGCUGUUAAAAGAGUUUCAAUAAAGUGAUUUAUCUUCUUUUGUU